UACGCCAUCGCCGAAAGGCAGGUGCCCACCCCGGGUGACAGCGAGGUCCUUGUCCGCGUCGAGGCCGCCGCACUCAACCCUGCCGAUUGGAAGAUCACUGGCCCCGAGCUCAUCCAUAUGAUGGGCGUCCUCCCCCUCCCCCUCAGUACGGACGGAGCGGGUGUCGUCGAGGCCGUCGGCUCCGGUGUCACCACCCUGUCCAAGGGCGACAGAGUGUACGUGCUCUUU